AUGAAGCAGCGUUUCUCUUCUCUCGACGUAAAGGUUAUUGCGGCUGAACUAGCAACAUCACUUACGACUCUACGUGUCUCCAAUAUCUACGACCUUUCUAGUAGAAUCUUCCUCUUCAAGUUCGCCAAACCUGGCCGCCGAGAACAGCUGAUCGUUGACUCUGGAUUCCGAUGUCACCUUACGUCUUUCUCCAGAACAGCGGCGACUGCGCCAUCAGCUUUUGUCAGUCGGCUGCGGAAGUACCUCAAGAGCAGGCGGGUCACAAAUGUGGCACAAAUAGGCACAGAUCGCGUCAUCGAAAUAACCUUCAGUGACGGUCAGUAUCGGCUAUACUUGGAGUUCUUCGCCGCCGGAAACAUAAUAGUCACAGACGCACAGUUGAACGUCCUUGCUUUACUACGACAGGUCAGUGAAGGUGAUCAAGAUGUCGACGUGAAAUUGGGUGGGAGAUACACCUUAGAAGUAAAACAGAACUUUCAUGGCAUUCCUCCCAUCACAUCGGACAGAGUCAAGGAGAUUCUUGAGCAUGCUGUGCAGAGAACGAAAGCGGCAAACGAAAUUGGAGGUAAAAAGGCCAAAAGAGCGAAAGGAGGAGACGAUCUGAGAAAGGCUCUGAGCGCUGGUUUCCCAGAAUUUCCCGCUCAUCUGUUGGAACAUGUCUUCAAGGAAGCCGGCGUGGAUGCGGGCACAAAGGCAGAAGAUGUCAUUAACAACCAGCAAUCUAUGCAAUUAGUUAUGAAGGCUUUGGAUCGCGCUCACGAGAUCUUUACGACCUUGGGUACUGGACGGUCUAAGGGUUACAUUAUCGCGAAGACAAAGACGUCUGCAGAGAGCCCAGCUUCAGAGAUACAAUCCCCCGAUCGAGCCAAUCUCCUCUAUGACGAUUUUCACCCAUUCAAGCCUUGCCAGUUUGAAGACAAACCUGGUAUACAAAUUCUGGAGUUUGAGGGUUUCAAUCGCACAGUUGACGAGUUCUAUUCCUCCAUAGAGUCGCAAAAGCUGGAGUCCCGGCUCACAGAACGAGAGCUGGCUGCGAAGAAGAAGUUGGAGUCAGCAAAAGAAGAACAGGAGAAGAGAAUUGGUGCACUUAAGCAAGUGCAAGAACUCCAUGUCCGAAAGGCUCAAGCCAUUGAGGCAAACACUCAUCGCGUCGUAGAGGCAUGUGCCGCCGUCAACGGAUUGAUUGGGCAAGGCAUGGACUGGGUUGAUAUCGGAAAGUUGAUCGAGAACGAGCAGAAACGCGGCAACGUUGUGGCACAAACUAUCAAGCUACCGUUGAAACUGGACGAAAACACAGUGACUCUCCUGCUUGACGAGCCUGGAUUCGACGAGGAAGAUGAAAAGAGCGAGGCAGACGAGACGGACGAGGAAGAAGACUCGGACGAAGACUCGGACGAAGAGUCCCGCAAGCCCCCGGGCAAACCAGCUGCAGAUAAACGACUGGCGAUCGAUAUUGACCUCGCUCUUUCACCGUGGGCAAAUGCCAGACAGUACUACGAACAGAAGAAGACCGCAGCAGUCAAGGAAUCGAAGACAAAGGAAGCAUCCGCUAUGGCGCUCCGAUCGGCAGAGAAGAAGAUUGAAGGCGACCUUAAAAAGGGUCUUAAGCAGGAGAAGGCUGCCCUCAGACCCGCGAGAAAGGCAUUCUGGUUCGAGAAGUUUCUCUACUUCAUCUCCAGUGAUGGGUAUCUGGUCAUUGGUGGGAAGGAUGCACAACAGAACGAAUUGCUGUACAGACGGUACCUGAAGAAGGGCGAUGUCUAUGUGCAUGCUGACCUUCAGGGCGCAUCUAGUGUUAUCGUAAAAAACAAUCCACGGACUCCUGAUGCCCCCAUACCACCAUCAACACUAUCCCAGGCAGGUGCUCUUACUGUUUGUACAAGCAGUGCAUGGGAUUCGAAAGCCGUGAUGGGCGCAUGGUGGGUGAACGCAGAGCAAGUGAGCAAGACCGCACCGACCGGAGAAUAUCUCACCACAGGUGGCUUCAUCAUUAGAGGUCACAAAAACCUCUUACCUCCAAGUCAGCUGCUGUUGGGCUUCGGCGUUUUGUGGUUGAUCAGUGAAGAGAGCAGAGCCAAUCAUGGAAAGCAUCGGUUGGAAAGAUCUGAGAGCAUGCUGCCCGGUGAAGCAGAGGCUCUGGCGAACGAUGCAAGAGGUAUAUCGAUAGACGAGCAAGACCUAGCACAAGAGCAGAGCAAGCCAGUACCCGAUGUGGAAGAUGCCGCAAACUUUGUGGAGGAGGAAGAGGAAAAUAACGAGGUUGACAGUGGAUCAGAUGGGGCCUUCGGCAUUCCAAAUGAAGAGACAGAAGUGGGUAGCGACAGUGAGGACGGUCGAAACGGUUCAGCUGUGGACUCUGAAGUUGAUGACAAGCCCUCGAACCCACUACAGCAUAAUGGGUUAAGCCUCCAGCACGAUGCAGAAAUUGGGGAUAAGGACAAGCCUGACGCCGAUGUCGAGGCCGAGUCGGACGGCAAGUCAGAAGCUGGAAGUGAGAAAGGAGACCUCAACAACGGGACACCUGAUGGCGAUAUGUCAACACGUCCAUCCACCCCAGCAGCUUCGCAUGUGCAGUCGCAGUCGCAGUCCAAACCGUCCCAGCUGGCACGCGGUAAGAGAACAAAAGCUAAGAGAGCACAGAAGAAGUAUGCAGAUCAAGAUGAAGAGGAUCGCGCCCUUGCAAUGCAAUUACUGGGCUCGAACCGCGGUCAAGAACGAAAACAGGCCGUAGAAGCCGACAAGGCAGCACGCGAAGCCAAAGCCCAAGCCGACCGGGAACGACGCAAAGCGCAACACGCUAAAGCUGCAGAAAAGGAACGUCAGCGACGCGAGAGACUCGAGAAGGCAGCGCAGAGUGGCAGCGGCGCUGCUGUUCCGGAACUCGAUGAAGAUGAUGAGCUGAGUCGUGAGCAAUUGGAAGAAGAACGUCGCGAGCUGCUCAACAUUGACCGACUAGUGCCUAUGCCCGAACCUGGAGAUGAGCUGAUUGCAGCGAUCCCUGUGUGCGCGCCCUGGACAGCUCUGUCACGCCAGAAAUACAAGGUCAAGCUACAACCUGGCAAUAUGAAGAAAGGCAAAGCUCUCAAAGAGAUCCUAGGCUUUUGGACUUCAUUGGGGGCUAAAGGCUCCAAAGUGGUGGAUGAGUCAAAUCGCGAUAAAGAGCGUGUCUGGAGACGUGAGGUCGAUUUGCUGAAAGAGUGGCGUGUCGAAGAAAUUGUCGGCUCCAUUCCGGUCAAGGGGUGUCGCAUUGUUCAAGGUGGUGGAAUGGCUGGUGCACUAGGGGGUGGAGGAGGUGGUGCGGCCGGCAAGGGAAAGGCUAGUGGUGGUGGGAAAGGAGGGAAGGGCAAAGGGGGCAGUGGGAAGAAAGGCAGAUGA